AUGACAAAUAGACGCUGUUGCGGACUUCGACCCACAAUUAGCCAAAUCCGGCCAAGCUUCAUAUUCUCGCCGUCUCGCUUACUUGCUUCGAAAACAAUAGACCACAUUGGGAUUAGUGUUGUGACUCUCCCUUGGUUGAGAUGUGCUUUGAAAUGUGAAAAGGAAAAGGUUAGCAGGAGAUGGUUGUCUGCGUCGAUCAUACAUAAACACUGCAAAUCUGCCAUGCUAUUGCUUCUAAUUUACCUCACGCUCAUUGUGAUAUCUCUCCUCAUCGUUCACACCCAUUAUCUGAAUCAUCAUCGUCUCAUCAUGCCCUCACCAAUCCGAGUCGGUCUCGUUGGCCUAGGUAAAGAUCCCUUCAAGAUGGGACCUGGUAUAUGGGGCGCCUCAGUCCACCUUCCAUACCUCAUCACAUCACCAAAAUAUACUCUCGUUGCCGUCCAGAACUCAACAGUCGAAUCAGCUCUUGCAUCAAUUGAAUAUCAUAACCUAGGACCUGAUAUCAAAGCAUAUGGUACCCCAGAAGACCUGGCCCAAGAUUCAAACGUCGACCUAGUCGUCGUUUCCAUCGUCGUCACGCACCACUACGCCGUUGCGAAACCUGCUCUGCUGGCCGGCAAGGACGUUUUCGUUGAAUGGCCUCUAGCGACCACAACCGCUGAAGCAGAAGAACUGUCUAAGAUCGCCGAAGAGAAAGGCUGUAAGACUAUUGUGGGCUUGCAAGCACGAGCUAGUCCUCUAGUACUUGAAAUCAAGGAGGUACUGCGGAGUGGCAAGAUCGGGAGGAUUCUAUCAUCGACUGUUGUUGGACAAAUUUCCAGCCUGAAACCAUUCGGGACUUGGCAAGAGAGUGCCAAGUAUUAUGUUGAUAUGGAUAGUGGUGCGAAUGGUUUCUAUGUUUCGUUCGGACAUUUCCUCAAUUCAUUUGUCCAAAUUCUCGGCCCCUUUACCUCCCUCUCUUCAAUCUUACACACGCAUUACCCAACCAUCUCACUCAUCGAUGACAACGGCUCCAUCACUUCCCCCUCCCACCCCAAAACCUCCCCAGACGCCAUCUUCGUCUCCGGGACCCUCCAUUCCGGCGCCAUCGUCUCACUCUCUCAUAUCACCGCACCAAUCGAUCCCGUCGAUGACACCAGCCUUCGCUGGAUCAUCACCGGUUCCGAGGGAGCGCUAGAAAUCACUGUUCCCAAAGAUCUGCCUUGGCAGAUGGGACCACCUGCUGUUCUGAAGGCGAGAUUUGGUAAGGAUGCAAAUCAGGAGGUGGAAGCUGUGGAGUGGGAAGGGCCCAGAAAUGGGGAGGGGAGCGAGGUCGGGCAGUUUCCUGCGGCCAAUACGAGGAGGCUUUAUGAGGCUUUUGCGGAUGUGAAGGGUGGGGAUAGGGCCAGGAGGGAGGAGUAUGCGAGUUUUGGAGAGAGUGUUGAGACGAGUAGGUUGUUGGAUUGGAUUAGAAGCGCGGCAGGGAAAUAG